ACAUGCGCUAUCCAGGGACGGCACUGCAGAACUCUAUCGAUUUUCGUGUGGUGGCCGUUCGCCUGAAAGUUGGCGGAUUUGCCUAGUUCUCGUUGUUGUUCCGUGUUGUUAGUGUUGAAACCCCCGUAAUUGAAUGGGAUUAUAUUACGAGAAACAAUUUCUUUAGUGCUGUGAGACAACCCUCGACGGAUCCUGAAAAUGACUAAGGAUAGAUUAGCAGCCCUCGUAGCGGCCCAAAGCGACGACGAUGACGUCGGCACCGACGACGUCGCCGUUACCGUCGAAGGCCGCGACGGUGAAUUUAUGAAUCAGUUCUUUCAAGAGGUGGAGGAUAUACGCGAAAUGAUCGACAAAAUCCAGGCGAACGUCGAGGAAGUGAAGAAGAAACACAGCGCCAUAUUGUCAGCACCCCAAAGCGACGACAAAACCAAACAGGAACUGGAAGAUCUCAUGAGCGACAUUAAGAAAACUGCCAAUAAAGUGCGUGCCAAGUUAAAGGUAAUAGAACAAGGCAUUGACAAUGAGGAAACGACCAACAAGAACUCCGCCGACCUGAGGAUACGAAAGAUCCAACAGUCCACGCUGUCCAGGAAGUUCGUCGAGGUGAUGACAGAGUACAACAGGACGCAAACGGAUUAUAGGGAGAGGUGUAAAGCCAGGAUAAUGAGGCAGUUGGAAAUUACGGGAAGAACCACAACCAAUGAAGAACUGGAGGAGAUGUUAGAGCAGGACAAUUCUGCCGUAUUUACACAAGGAAUUAUCAUGGAGACGCAACAAGCCAAACAAACGCUGGCAGACAUCGAGGCUCGACACGCGGACAUCAUCAAACUAGAAAACUCAAUUAGGGAACUCCACGACAUGUUCAUGGACAUGGCUAUGCUCGUUGAAAACCAGGGUGAACUGGUGGAUCGGAUCGAGUUCCACGUGGAAACGACGCAGAACCACGUGGCCGGCGGGCAGGAGGAGCUGAAGAAGGCGCGCCAGUACCAGACCAAGGCCAGGAAGAAAAUGAUCUUCAUUAUCAUUUGCGUAAUAAUACUUCUCAUAGUACUUAUUGCCAUAUUGGCGUCGGUACUGUCUUAGGACCCCUAAGGACCUUUUUCGCAAUAUAUUUGUAAAAUAGACAAAUAAUAAAUACGUUCGUUUCUAGUAGUGUUAUGUAAUGCAGUGGCACCGAAAACGGGGUUUCAUAAUGUUGGUCUUUUUUUGGGGGAAUAAACCUGUUAGUUGCCAUUGCAGUUUUUAUAUAUCAUACUAUAAAUAAAAUGGCUUAAAGUUGAGGCUGGAAAUUAAUUAAUUAUUUGGUUAAUGUACUAGUAAUAAAGCCAUUUUAUUGCAAUUUGUAAAUAUUCCUGUUUAUUAUUUAUUAUUAUUAUUAUUUUACUAGUGUAAAUCUACUUGAAACUUCUUGUUUAUUGUAUAUUUGUUUAAAUAGUGUUAAAAAAGUUAUUCAAAAUUCUUCCACAAGUAUAGGCAAGCUGUAUUGUUUAAUUAAUGCCAAUAGUUCGUAGUACUACUAUACUUGAUUUUUCGGUUAUUUUCGGAAAGAUGUUUGAACAAUUCUUAGGUCCAAUUGUUUGUUUUUUAAAACGUUUUUAAGCAAUAAUAAAUAAAUUAAAUGUUCGACAAGGAGAGCUGAAGGAAAAAUCAGGUUGUCCUUGUCGCACGUUAAAAAAGAAACGUAAAGUGGACCAAACACUCUAGAAAAGCUUUACGUACAGUUUUAUGUUAAACUGCCAGUAUGAGUGACUUUUGAGGUUAUAAUAUUUAAUUUGCGUUAAUUAAAUGCUUCUAUUAAACAAACAAAGGAAAUUAUUCAUUUGUUAUUAUAAACUAAUAAUAGGAAAUAGCAAAAAUACGUAAUAUUUAAAGUUGGCGUUAAGUCUAUGGAGGUUUAUGUACGAAGAAAUUAUUAAAUUGUUGAUAAAUUUAUUUAAAAAAAAAUGAAGGGAAAAUUUUUACAAUUUUUGGAAAUUUGCCUUUAAUUCGAACGUAAGGGCAAUAGUCCAACUUCAAGGUAGUCCAGGAAAUUAUUAAAAAAGGGGAUUUUUCUAGGUUCUCUUUUUUUUCAACGUUGUCAAACCCUCCCUAAUUAAUUUAAAUGUAACCAAGUUAAUAGUGGAAUAAAAUACUGUAUUUUCCCAAUUUUGUGGCCUAAAUAACAUACUUUUUACCACAUAUUCGCAAUUUAGGCCCCUUUAAUAAGCAAUUAAUAAAGUUCUUAGGUUCCACUACUUCUGCUAUGAUAUGCUUGCUAAUUAAAUAGAUUUCCAAAAGUCUAAGAAAGCUGCUUUUUUCACAUCAUAUGGCAACAAAGAAGGUUUAUAGGCAGCAUUCUGAACCGCAUUAUUGGCAAACUGACCCAAGUUGUCUACCUUAAUUCAAAUUUGCUAAUUUUUGUGAGUCAAACUAACUCAACUAAUUUAAUCAAAAUCUAAAAAUCUAAGAAAGCCCAGGAGAGAAUGUUUAUAGACAGCAUUCUGAACUGCAUUAUUUGCAAACUGACGCAAAUUGUGUCGUGUUGAUUACAUUAACUAGAAUUUGCAAUUUUUUUCGCUGUUUCCAGUUCGUAUCGGGAGAUUCCGCGAGAAAGUUUAUAUACAGCAUUUAGAACCACCGUAGCCAAACUGCAGUAGGAAAUUUAAUAAAGAAAAACUAAAGUCUAAGAAAGCACAGGAAAAAAUGUUUACAGACAGCAUUUUGAACCGCAUUCUUUGCAAACUGAUGCAAGUUGUGUCGUGUCAACAUUGACUAAAAUUUUUAAUUUUCUCUUAUUCGCUAUUCCCAGUUUGUAUAAGAAAUAAUCCUCGCAAUAGUUUCUAUACAGCAUUUAGCACUACACUUCAAGCUGUAAUAAACAUUCAAAAGCCCAGGAAAACGUCCAGGGACGAAUAUUUAUAGACAGCAUUUUGAACCGCAUUUUUUGUAAUCUGACGCAAGUUGUGUCAACAUUGACUAAAAUUUGCAAUUUUUUUUGACUCCCCAAAAAAGUUUAUCUACAGCAUCUAGAACCGCACUGUAGCAAAUCAAACUGCGUUCUGCAAGUAAUUUAAUCAAAAUCUAAAAAUCUAAGAAAGCCCAGGAGAGAAUGUUUAUAGACAGCAUUCUGAACUGCAUUAUUUACAAACUGACGCAAAUUGUGUCGUGUUGAUUACAUUAACUGGAAUUUGCAAUUUUUUCCGCUGUUUCCAGUUCGUAUCGGGAGAUUCCGCGAGAAAGUUUAUAUACAGCAUUUAGAACCGCCGUGGCCAAACUGCAGUAGGUAAUUUAAUAAAAAAAAAAUUAAAGUCUAACAAAGCACAGGAAAAAAUGUUUACAGACAACAUUUUGAACCGCAUUAUUUGCAAACUGACGCAAGUUGUGUCGUGUUGAUCAACAUUGACUAACAUUUUUAAUUUUCUCUGAUUCGUUAUUCCCAGUUUAUUUUAGAAAUAUUUCUCGCGAAAGUUUCUAUACAGCAUUUAGAACUACACUGUAGGCAAGCUGUAAUAAACAUUCAAAAGCCCAGGAAAACGUCCAGAGACGGAUAUUUAUAGACAGCAUUUUGAACCGCAAUCUUUGUAAACUGACGCAAGUUGUGUCUUGUUGGUCAACAUUCACUAAAAUUUGCAAAUUUUUUUGACUCCCCGAAAAAGUUUAUCUACAGCAUCUAGAACCGCACUGUGGCCAAACUGCGUUCUGAAGGUAAUUUAAUCAAAAUCUAAAGGUCUACGAAAGUCCAGGAGAGAAUUUUUAUAGACAGCAUUCUGAACUGCAUCAUUUGCAAACUGACGCAAAUUGUAAGGUGUUGAUUACAUUAACUAGAAUUUGCAAUUUCUUUCGCUGUUUUCAGUCCGUAUCGGGAGAUUCCGCGAGAAAGUUUAUAGACAGCAUUUAAAACCGCCGUGGCCAAACUGCAGUAGGUAAUUUAAUGAAAAAAAUGAAAGUCUAAGAAAGCACAGGAAAAAAUGUUUACAGACAGCAUUUUGAACCGCAUUCUUUGUAAACUGACGCAAGUUGUGUCUUGUUGGUCAACAUUGACUAUAAUUUGCAAAUUUUUUUUGACCCCGAAAAGUUUAUAUAUAGCAUCUAGAACAGCACUGUAGCCAAACUGCGUUCCGAAGGUAAUUUAAUCAAAAUCUAAAGUUCUACGAAAGUCCAGGAGAGAAUUUUUAUAGACAGCAUUCUGAACUGCAUUAUUUGCAAACUGACGCAAAUUGUGUCGUGUUGAUUACAUUGACUAGAAUUUGCAAUUUUUUUCGCUAUUCCCAGUUCGUAUCGGGAGAUUCCGCGAGAAAGCUUAUAUACAACAUUUAAAACUGCCGUGGCCAAACUGCAGUAGGUAAUUUAAUGAAAAAAAUGAAAGUCUAAGAAAGCACAGGAAAAAAUGUUUACAAGACAGCAUUUUGAACCGCAUUAUUUGCAAACUGACGCAAGUUGUGUCGUGUUGGUCAACAUUGACUAACAUUUUUAAUUUUCUCUUAUUCGCUAUUCCCAGUUUGUUUUAGAAAUAUUUCUCGCGAAAGUUUCUACACAGCAUUUAGAACUACACUGUAGGCAAACUGCAUUCUGUAGGUAAAGUAAUAAAAAUUCAAAAGCCCAGGAAAACGUCCAGGAACUAAUAUUUAUAGCCAGCAUUUUGAACCGCAUUCUUUACAAACUGACGCAAGUUGUGUCUUGUUGGUCAACAUUGACUAAAAUUUGCAAAUUUUGUCUUAUUCGUUAAUCCCUGUUCGUUUCGGGAAGAUUCCCCGUGAAAGUUUAUAUACAGCAUAUAGAACCGCACUGAUGCCAUUGUCGCAUGGUUGGAAAAUUGCGAUGCAAUUUAAUACAAAUAGAAAAAUCUAAGAAAUUCACUAUUUCAUCAUUUGGCAACAUUAGACAGACAGAGCAUUUUGAACUGUGGUGUUGCCAUUAUUGUUCGUUUGUAAUUUUUUGUUAUUGGGUUUCCUGUAAUAUUUUUUUCAUUGCAUUUUAUCUACACAUUCUUAUUUGCUGUUUCUUUGUAAAUGAAUGAGUAAUUCAUUGGAACCCUUAUGGGAUCCACUACUUCUAGGAACGUACGGCAACACCGCGGCUUCUCAAAGUGACUAGUUUGCGCGACCACCCAAGAAAGUUUGUAUACAGCAUUUCGAACCGCUCCGUUGCCAUUAUUGAGUACGUAAUUUUUUAUAUUGUUAAUUUUUGUGAAAAAACGCGAUUUUCAACUAAUCCUAACGUAACGUUGUGUAAGGAAAAACAUUGCAAUCCGACAACAGCGCUUGCUGCAAGAUUCUUUGUCGAACGGAUUCGUGGCUAAUCGUGCAAGCGUUGUUGCCAUAUGUUACCAAAAUUAGUGGAGCUCCUCCAAUUUUAAGAAAUCAUUUCAUUUUAGGUUAUUUUCGCGAUUUUAAUAAGGUUUGAGGUGAGGAGUGAAAAUUCUUAUUAAUAACUAAACUAGAAUUUAAAAACCACUUAUAUGGCAACAAUGCAAGCCACGACAAAUGACGAGUCCCUCCGACUCUCGGGAAAGCAUUAUAGACAGCAUGUCGAAACGCAGCGUUGCUAUUUAUUCCAGAGAUUUAGUUUUAUAUUCGUGUCGUGUCGAUGCAUUCGUGUUAGAUCGUAAAAGCGUUGUUGCCAUAUGUUAUCAAAAAUAAUGGAGCUCCUGGAAUAAUAAAAUAAUUUUCAAAAAUUAGUUGAUUUUAAUCAAUUAAUUACUUUUUCAAGGUUUUGGGCAUUUAUCUCUGUUUAAGGGAAAAUUUCUCGGUACAGCACAAAAUUCUUAUUAAUAAGAAAGAAGAAAAUUAACAACUAAAAGAAAGAAGAAAAAUUAAUGACGAUUCCCUCCGAUUUUCAAAAAGUAUUAUAGACAGCACAUCGAACCGCAGCGUUGCUAUUUAUUUCAGACGUUUCGAAUGCCGGAUUCUUCUUCAAAAGUGUUUCUAGAUCGGGUGCCUUCGUGCUAAAAAGCGUUGUUGCCAUAUGUUACCAAAAAUAGUGGAGCUCCUGUAAUAACAAAAUAAUCUUCAAAAACUACUUGACUUUAAUCAAUUCCAUGCUUUUCCAAAAAUUUCUUUUCAAAAAUUUUCUAGUAAGUAAUUAGGAGGUACAUGUGGCAAGACUACCAACCACAACAAGUGUAAGAGAUCCGUGGCUGGUAUUGAAAAGCGUUGUUGCCAUAUGUUACCAAAAGUAGUGGAGCUCCUGGAAUUAUUCGAGUUUUGACAACGUAUGAGGACAAUUUCGUGAAAAAAUUGGCUUGAAUGCAAAUAGGCUGAUUUCCAAAAAAAAAAUGUUUUUAAUUUUUGGCAUUUUCUACUAAAAAAAAAAAAUAAAACAUGUCCACUUAACUUAUGUCUUAACUUAUUACGUAUUGUACGCCUCAUUAAGUUAAACUGUGAUUUCUUAAAGGUUAAAGAUAGGACGUGUGAUUUCACCACUGUUUGCAAAAGAAUCUUUUUGCAAUACUCAUAUUUAUUAGCGUACUACGAUAGUUUAGCUUUAAGGUUAAAUUACUUAUAACGUAAUAUAAAUUUAGCUUGGAUUUUUAAGCCAGUAGUAUUACCUGUAUCGCAUUUUCCCAAUUAAUAAAAUACCGAGCUUUUCUUUUUGGAAAAAUGCGAUAUUUUAAGUGAAAAAAUGUGAUCAUUUUGAGCAGUCAAUUUAGUGAUUAUUUUUAGAAUAAGUGAUGAGCCUAAAAGUGUAGCAGGAAAUGGUGGACAAUAGCAGGAACUACUGAGUUAAAAAUUGCAUUAAUUAUUGUAUUAUUAUUAUUAUCAUUAAUGUUAUUCCUUUCAGGUGCAUUUAAUUGCCAAAGUUUUUUAAUUAUUAUUAUUAAUAUGUCUUCAAAUUUGUCACGUUUUUGUUAAUAUUCCUCGCCCCCCUCCCCCUUCCCGCCGUCUAUUAUUUGCACAUAUUUAUAGAAUAUAUUAUUUAUUAAUUAUUAAAAUUUUUUUUGCAAGUUUA